UGGAUCCUGACUUCCUUUGGAAUUACUGAAUCCUGGUCUUACCUUGCCGUAUAUUUUAUGUGCAUACAGGAAGUGGAAGAGCGCUCUUAAAGCGUCACAUCUCGCCACAGGAUUGGGGCAGAAGGAGAUGUUAUUUUUAGUCUCCCCUCCCUCCAGGGGCGAGACUAAUCUACCGCUGUUGGAGCUUAUCCAGAUUGGAGUUAGAACACCGAGGCACAAAGGCUGACAACUGGACACCUUUGGGAAGCUUCCGUUCCUUGUCAUGUCGUCAGACCUCCUCAAACUGAGACGGCUCAUGCUGAACUGGCAGGACUGGGAUCUAGCCAGAGCUGUGGGUUCGUAGGGUCAAAGGCGCUGUGAAGCUAUGAGUUUGGAGUGGCUGCAGACGAGCUGCUGCCCAGGUUACCCCAGCUGGCACUGGCACAAAGAGACUGAAAUGGGCAAAACCUGGGACUCAACCGUCCGCAAUGAAGGUGGAGGCAGCUGCAGCCAAGACUGUGGUAGUAUCCAACUGAGUGGACUUAACACUGAAGAGCUGAAAGGCAGUUUGGUGGUCCUCUACGCACCUGCUGGGAACUCCUGUCUGCUCAAAUUGAGCUCAGGAAUGGAAGAGAUGGUAUGGGAGCAGUACACGGUAUCUUUGCAGCGGGACUCCAAGAUGGGUUUUGGCAUUGCGGUGUCAGGUGGGCGUGACAACCCAAAUGUGGACAAUGGUGAGACAUCAAUCAUUGUGUCAGAUGUGCUAAAGGCUGGACCUGCAGAUGGAUUGCUCUUUGAAAAUGAUCGUGUCAUUCAAGUCAACUCAGUUGCCAUGGACAAUGUGCCUCAUUCCUUUGCUGUGCAGUCACUCCGUAAAUGUGGCAAAGUGGCUAAAAUAACAGUGAAGAGACCUCGUAAGGUUGCAAUUCACUCUCUAAAGCAGCCGCCUUCGCCAGACAGGGACAGCCAGGAUUAUGCUCCAUCUACACACUAUUACGAUGCAGACCAUGACAAUGGCUGGUACCACGAUGAAGGCCAAACCUCUGACAGCAAAGCUUACCUGGAGCCUGAACACAGAGGAGGCCGGGACUACAACCAGAGGGGAAGGAGCCGUGGCGGGAGCCGAGAGAGAUCCUCACCCAGCCCUGACAGAUACAGGAGGGAGGGAAGUCGAGGACGAACUCAGAACACCGGCACCGAACGUCAGCGAUACGACAGCCGAGGACGAAGCCCUGGAAGCAGAUACAGCAUGGAGGACAAAUAUGAAAGAGGAGAAGGUGGUGGAGGAAAAAGAGGACAGUACAGAAGCAGGGAUCAGCUACAUGACAGUCCUCCAUCCCCUACUUCAAGGGAGUUGGAGCCCCUGGAGAAACCUGUCAAUGUCAUGCUGGUGAAGAACAGACCCAAUGAAGAGUAUGGUUUACGUCUUGGCAGUCAGAUCUUCAUCAAACAGAUGAGUAGCACAGGUCUUGCUGCUAAGGAUGGCAACCUGCAAGAGGGAGACAUCAUCCUUAAGAUCAAUGGAACAGUGACAGAGAAUCUUUCUCUGCACGAUGCUGGGAAACUGAUAGAGAAGUCAAAAGGAAAGCUGCAACUCGUGGUUCAAAGAGACCACCGCCAUAUUCUUGUCCGCAUUCCCCCUCUUGCAGAUUCUGACUCUGAUAAUGAUGAAAUAUCAGAGAUGGAAUCGUACCAUUCGUACUCCCCACCAGAGGAACGCAAGUCCCGACAGUCUGACCUGUCGUCCCACUCGUCGAAUGAAAGAGACAACCCAAGGGAAGGACCUAUGAUGGCAAUGGCCAAAAUGUCGGCUAUGGCGUCACCAUUUAAAGUACCUGAAGACCCUCAGGCUUUGGCCGGCCCGGAUAAAGACACAUCAACUCACACCACAGAGCCUCCAGUUUUAACCACACCCAAGAUUCUCCUCCGACCCAGUUCAGAAGAUGAAAAAUUAUAUGGGCCAAACACACUUAUGGUCAAUUUCCAGAAGGGUGACAGUGUGGGCCUGAGGCUGGCAGGGGGAAACAAUGUUGGCAUCUUCAUUGCUGGCGUUCAGGAAGGCAGUCCUGCUGAAGAAGAGGGCCUCCGCGUUGGGGACCAGAUUCUAAAGGUAAAUCAUGUGGAUUUUCAAGGUGUUGUCCGAGAGGAAGCGGUGCUCUUCCUGUUGGAGAUUCCAAAAGGAGAUUUGGUCACCAUUUUGGCUCAAAGCAAACCAGACGUGUAUAAUGACAUCUUGGUGUCAGGACGUGGAGACUCCUUCUUCAUCAGGACGCACUUUGACUUUGAAAAAGAGAUUCCUCAGAGCCUGUCUUUUGGCCGGGGGGGCAUCUUCAAGGUGGUGGACACGCUGUACGAUGGCAAGCUUGGCAACUGGCUGGCAGUUCGUGUUGGGAAGGACAAACAGCUGCUGGAGAAGGGAAUUAUUCCCAACAAGAGCAGAGCGGAACAGAUGGCCAGUGUUCAGAGUUCCCAAAAGGUCAUUGGUGGCGAUCGAGCGGAUUUUUGGCGGUUGCGAGGCCAGCGUUCUUUAAAGCGAAAAGACCUGCGGAAGAACUGCGAAUAUGUUGCCUCACAGACUCUGGCCACACGCUUUCCAUCGUAUGAACGUGUGGUCCUCCGAGAGGCUGGUUUCCGACGUCCUGUGGUGCUGUUUGGUCCCAUAGCUGAUGCUGCCAAUGACAAACUGGCGUCUGAGAUGCCCAACUUGUUUGUUAUUGCUAAGACGGAACCGAAAGAUGCUGGCUCAGAGAAGUCCUCAGGUGUGGUUCGCCUCAACACUAUUCGGCAAAUUAUUGAGCAGGAUAAACACGCCCUGCUUGAUGUAACGCCCAGAGCAGUGGACACCCUGAACUACACCCAGUGGUAUCCCAUCGUCAUCUUCUUCAAUCCAGACAGCAAGCAUGGCAUCAAGGCCAUGAGACAAAGAAUCAUUCCAAACUCCAACCGUAGUGCCCGCAAGUUAUAUGAGCAAGCCAUCAAGCUGAGGAAAAGCUGUUGUCACUUAUUCACAGCUACCAUAGAGCUCAACUCAGCCAAUGAUGCCUGGUAUGGUAGCGUCAAGGACGCCAUCAGAGAGCAACAAACACAAGCAGUCUGGGUUUCUGAUGGCAAGUUGGAGGAAGUAGAGAGUGAUCUGGACUGCCAGGAUGCAGAGCGUCUCUCCUUCUUGUCCGCCGACUACCUCAGCAUGGACAGCAGACUGACCUCUGACCUGGACGAUACUGCGGAUGAGACCUACACCGACAAUGAGUUGGACACAGAGACCAUGCACAUCUCUGCUAUCAGCCGCUCAUCGGAGCCAGUCACAGCUGAGCAGAUAUUACGCAGGUACAGCCCAGAGAUCCGCAGUCGUUUGAAAAAAAGCAGCCAGGAAGUUGCCAACAGGUGCAGCCCUCCACCUGUAUUCCUGACGGACAGUAAGGUAAAGCUAUCUCUGAAGGAGGAGUCAAUACUUUUGUCUGGCUCCGAAGUCCCACACCAACAUCGUCAACAUCAACCCGCACCUCAAAGCUCUGGCCAAAACUACGAUUCCCCUUCCAGCAGUAGUCCUGCUAGCAGCAAUAACGACCCUCCUCCACCAAUCCCACGCUCCACUCACUCCUCUGGCCCUCCGCCGCCGCCGCCGCCUCCACCUGCCCUCCUCAACUCCUUUGGAAAACCUCAGACUCUGGGAGCUGCCAAACCUCAUUGGGCGACCAAGCCUAUCAUCAGGACUAUGGUGGAGAAGGCAGUUCCCUCGUCUGCGCCCAGUGAGACCUGUUGGCAGCGAGAAGAGGCAACACAAGACAGUAAAACGGAGGAUCCAUCCAUGAAGUCUUUCAUGGGAAAAGUCCAGGCCUUGGAGAAGAUGGAUCACUUUGCCAGGGCCCAUAGGAUGCUCCAACUGCAAGAAGCCCACAAUGCCAGGGUGGAGAUUGCCCAGAAGCAUCCUGACAUCUAUGCUGUCCCCCUGAAGACUGCCAAACUAGAUGACAGUCGCCCACAGCCUAUCGGCUCCAGCUCUUGUGCUGAGCCCCAAAGGUGUCCAUCUCUCCAGGAGGGGAACCCUCUCCACCCCAGCAAGGAGUGGGAAGUGGAAGCCAUGUCAGGGUACCACACCUCCAAGUCCCCGUACGAGGACACAGAACUGUAGGUUAGCGUGCAGCCGCUGUGCCUGUCCUGAAGCUCUUGAUACACCACACUGUCGGAAAAGAUUUGACAGUAAAUAAACUGGCAGAGUGGUACUAUAAAAAUAAGUUUACAUUUAUAAUAAUGCACUGUAAAAACAACGACCGGAGAUUUUACGGUUUAACAAAUGGCAGCUCAGUCGCCAAACUAUUACUGUAAAUUUUACGCUUUUUUAAAAUGUUUACUGUAAAUAGAAAAACAGUCAAAUGCUGGCGAUUUUGCUGGCAGAAUUUUUACUGUAAAAUCUUUGGCCGUUGUUUUUGCAGUGCAUUACUGUAAAUUAAAAAAACGGUACCACUUUUAUUUUUACGGUAAAAUUCCGCCAAUUGUUUAUGUUAAAUCUACUGACUUUUUUACAGUGUGCUUACUAUUCCUGCACAUUCAGCUGCUACUUUUUUCUAUUGUCACAACACUGUCUUCACUUCUUUCUCUUUGUCAAAUAUUAGUUUUUUUAACAUACCUCCAUAAGCUUGAAAGCCAAAACUGAUUAUUCAGGAACCACUCGUUUGGUUUUUUUGUUUUUCGCCCUAUGCAACUCUUCAGUUUUUGCACGGCAGCUGAGCUUUGCUACACGUUUUGUCCUCACGAAGAAGACCUCAGCAACUUUUAUAUCAGCUUGCUCAUCGCGGUCCUUUAAAGCGACUGUAAUUGCUCGUAACUAUCAACAAAGAUUGCAUAUACAGUAUAUAUAUAUAUAUAUUAUUACUUAUAAUAUCGUAUAUUUGCUAAUAUCAAUCCUGCGUAUAUCGAAAAUCAAGUGUUUAUACUCUCAUGUCUUUGCAUUCCUUCCUACACGACAAUGUAUACAUACCCUACCUAUUUAUCACCACCACAGUAGGAAGGGGAUCCAUAUGGCUCCAUUUGUUGCGGUGUACCUGACACAUGAAACGUGAUGAAUUUGGGAGGUGCACUAUCCACUUCAGAUGGCAGUGACGUGUUCCAUCCAUCCAUUUUCUACCGCUUGUCCCUUUCGGGGUAGCGGGGGUUGCUGGAGCCUAUCUUUUAAUAUCUUAAAAUGUGUUUUGUGGCAAUUCUAACUUUGACCACAACAUCAGUUGUUAUGUAGAUCUGCACUUUUCAUCAUUUUCAGCAGACUCCAUUGCAAAAUGAUAAAAUCUCCCCCCUCCACCCAGGAAUGGGGCCAUGUGAAUCCCUUCCGUACUGUACAAAUAUAUAUAGAUAUAUAUUAAUUGAAGGAGGAAAAAACAGCCAUUGCCGGUCCCAAUGGGAUGUCUUGUGUCAGGACGGCCAUUUAGUCUCAUAACUAGAAGGAAGAAAUCAUACACAUGGUUUUACACACUGGAAUCUAUGGAAAUGUGCCUUUUACUUUGGUAGUCACAUGAGGUUUUGGCUUGUCUUUCCAACAAACCUCUGCUGCUCUCUGCUACUGCUGCCAGGCGUUAAAGGAAACCAGGGAAUGAGCAUCUGAGUUUACAUGCACAAAAUAUCUCCAAUCUGAUCUCAACCUCGGUUUUCAGGAUCCCACAUCCACUGUUCAUGUCAGGGGUGUCAAAACGUAUGCCCCUGAGGGUCGCACACUGAAAAAUUCAAGCAUGCGGGGGCCAUUGUGAUAUUUAAUGAGUUUUGAGACUCUUUCAAGUAUGCUAACUGUUCCCAUUAUAAUAAACUAAUUGUGAUUUGAAGCCAACCACCAAGACUGGAUGCUCAUGGACGUUUGGGUCAGCUUAAACCGUGAUGACAUUUCUUUCUGUGCUCACCAUAUUACAGCCAAAUCUUACGUAUAACGUGUUUAUAUGAAAUGUUUUUAAACUGUUCAUUUGUGUACAUGUAAACAUGUCACCAAAUCCUUAUUACAAUAUUAUUGUUGUUUUUAAUGUCAUCUAUCUAACAGCAGUAAGUAAUAUUAUUACAUUAUUAUUACAAGACCUGGUCACACCAGCAUCCUACGUAGAAGAGUGUUAAUGAUCAAAGAAAAUAACAAAAAUACAACAAUGUUAAAUGUCGCGCGAAUGCCUGUGCUUUUAGCUCAGUAGUCAGGAGGAGCAGUAAAAAAAAAAACAAGGCAGCCGAGAGAGAGAGAAUACGCAAUCGCUACACAAAACAGAGCUGUCUGUGAUUGACAGCAGUGAACACCAAACAUUGGUGGUCCCUGAUUAGCUGCGGGCCCCUGCGUGAGUCUGUGCAUUAAAUAAUUGUGACCCUGGCUGUCAUGUGCAAGGUCUAUCAUCAGCCAAAUUUAUAUAUAAUUGAUAUUGUCUAUCGCGUCACCCGAGUCAUGACUAGAGAUAGUGCUAAGGAGAGUUUGGAGAUAACACUUGGUGAAAUACCAAGUCAUGACUAGAGAUAGUGCUAAGGAAAGUUUGGAGAUAACACUUGGUGAAAUACCAAGUCAUAACUAACGAGUCAUGACUAGAGAUGGUGCUAAGGAGAGUUUGGAGAUAACACUUGGUGAAAUACCAAGUCAUGACUAGAGAUAGUGCUAAGGAAAGUUUGGAGAUAACACUUGGUGAAAUACCAAGUCAUAACUAGAGAUAGUGCUAAGGAGAGUUUGGAGAUAACACUUGAUGAAAUACCGAGUCAUGACUAGAGAGUGCAAAGGAGAGUUAACACUUUGUGAAAUACAGAGUCAUGACUCGAGAUAGUGCUAAGGAGAGUCUGGAGAUAACACUUGGUGAAAUACCAAGUCAUGACUAGAGAUAGUGCGAAGGAGAGUUAACACAUUGUGAAAUACCAAGUCAUGACUAGAGAUAGUGCGAAGGAGAGUUAACACUUUUUGAAAUACCAAGUCAUGACUAGAGAUAGUGCGAAGGAGAGUUAACACAUUGUGAAAUACCAAGUCAUGACUAGAGACGGUGCUAAUGAGAGUUUGGAGACAUCUUAUAACACUUGGCCUUCUUGGUGAAAUACAUUGUUAUUAUUUGGAAUAGCUGUUAUUGGAAAAAAGAAAUAUUACAGAAGACUUUAGGCAACUUGUUGCUGAUUGCUUUUAUGUUGCAUGAUUGCACCAAGAAAAAUUCCCAGUUUGUGAACCGGUUCUCAAACAGUGGCAAUAAAAACUAUUCAGAUUCUGAUUCUAAUGUUCCCCAACAAGAGUAGCGUAGGAUGGAGAUGUGAUCAGGUCUGAAGAGCAUUUUUGUGUGUUUUUUGUAUCAUUCUUGUUUUUUUUUAGUCCACACACUUUGUCCCGCGAGUGGUAUGUGCAACCAAAUGAUUGAUUUUCAAGUCAACCCAACUUUGUAGACCAUGGGUGUCAAACUGCUGACCCACACUUUGUAGCGCUGUAUUUCACUUCACAGUGGAGUGGAGUUAAUAUAUAAUAUAUGUAUUUUGGUAUUAUUGAAGCCCGCUGGACAGGAAGUGCAAUCAUGCUGCAGAAACAAAGAGGACAGCACAACAAACACACAUUUAGUUCACACAAAUUCAACCAAUCCCUGUGAAGGAUGCACGGCCUCCCGCUCACAUUUUGUCCAGUCAGCCUUUGUCACCAAUCAGAUUUGUCUCUGAGCAGCACUCAAAUGUCGACUGUCUAAUCCAAACUUGUUUGUUUCUUGUGUAGACCAAGCAGGAACAACAACCUGUAACAAUAUAUCAACUUUCACUAUUGUAGCUCAGACUUACUUCCUGUUCCUGUCUAUACCGCUAAGCUUUCAGGGUAAUGUAGUAUAUCAACAUUUACAUGUACUUAUGUAUUUACCAUAUUUGUGUGCGUGCGUGCGUGCGUGAGUGAGUGACAAGAGUUGAACAUCUCGCGAGUUUGCUCAUCAUGUCAGUGUAGAGAGGAGACGCCCCAAGUCUGCAGAUGAAAUGUGCAAAGCUGCCAUUGCCUUGGUUUAAAGAUGUAAAUACUUAUUCACUGUCAUGUCAAGCUAAUAUAACAUCACUGCGACAUCCCAUUGUUCAUGUUAAUGAGCCAGUCAUUGGAUAUGGAUCAGUAAUAAAUAUCAUCACAACCCUCCAUUUUUUUUAAAUCAAAUUUGAUACUCUAACAUUUAUCAAUGCACAACAAAAUGUAUUAAAAACAACUAAGAAUCAAAAGAGGAAAGGUAAUCUGCAGUUUUAGUCAUAAUUAUCUUUAUUUUUAUUUUUUUGUUACUUAAAAAACACUGUUGUAUCUCUCCUACAGCGACCAUUGCCAUAAAUUAUGCAAAUGAGGUGAUGGCAUCAUCUAGCGACUUUUAGGACAGCCAAUAGCUAAAUUCCUUGCUGAGGAGUUGGCAACACUGAUCAAACGGCUGAUCAAACAAAAUAAGUCAUCGUCAUGGACCCACUAGCUGCGGAAGCUAGCUCUCCAAGCAGCUAAACAGACUCUAUAACUCCACUGUGAUGUUUUAGUGAAUUUACAAAACUGAAACAAUACAAACAGAAUGCCAUUGUAAGUUAAUAAUACUAACACAGACACUCAUAAAUAUGCAUAUUAGCUAAUGCUAACAACACUAGCUUGAUUACAUUAUGAUAGCACCUACAAAUAUGCAUGAAAACACUCCUACAGACAUCACACUUGGGACGGCUUAGUAAGAAGGAAUUGUUUUAGUUAUAUUGUAACACUAACGCUGCUUGGAGGGAAGAAUGAAGAAUCCUUUCAAGCAGGAAUGCUAGGAACGGUUAUACUUCGGGUUCAAGGCAUGAAACAGGGAAUACAUUUUUAAUCAAUUGUAUAGCACUUUUCAUACAUCUAAAAUGUAACACAAAGUGCUUCACAUUUAAAAACACAAAAAAACAGUACUGUAGCUCCCGUUUUCAUUGCAUAAGCGCAAGUCAAAACACCACCACCCACACACACUCUUCUUUCUCUCUAGCACAGACAUAAUAAAAGUCAUGUCAAUACAUAUGUAGCUGAGCACUGAAGAACCUAAAGUGAGCGAACUCGUCCAAAAGAUGGCGCCAUAGCAAAAGCAAUAACACCUUUUCAGUGUCUCUAUUGUUGUUCUAUGAAAACUAUUUGUUGAAUGCAAAACAUUACCGCUAGCGAAGAAAAUUCCAUAAAUUAGUCGCCCCAUAUUGAAAGCCGAAGGGUUCAAAGUGUGGGGAAAAGUAGCGGCUUAUAGUCCAGAAAAUACGGUAUUCAACCUUUAAUUAUCCAGGUUUGAAACAAUUAAGAACAGAUGUUCAUUAGCAAUGCUGACCUAGCAAAGAGGCAACAUUUACAGUAAAUGAUGAUAAUCUCUCAUCGUCUCUCAUUUACCAACAAAAAUGAGAUCGCUUUUAACAGUCACCAGAUGCUCUUAACGUGAACAUAAAUUAAAGUUUAAGAUGGACAAAUACUUUUUAAGUGUAAUGAGAAUGUCUCCAACUUAAUAUGGAAUCCUUUUGUGUUUAUUUUAUUAGUUGUAAUUCAUUAAAACAGUACAGUAAUUUAAUAAUACGCUGUGCUUAUGUGCUUUUACUGCCAUCUUGUGUUUACUUUUAAGUCUGCGUUGAAUAAAAGGAGUAAAACAUCAAUGCAGUACUAGUUUUCUCGGUUUCUGUGCUUUUUGAAGUUAAGAUUACAAGGAACGAUUGAUGACAAAUUCAUAAAAUCACGUUGAUUUAAAGUUAUCUAAAAACAAACAAAACGUUUUGCAACUUUUUCAGUGUCUUUCUAAAAAAGGAUACCAAAAAUCAGGAAAAAAGUUGGCGAAAUCCUGGAGGGGCCACACAAAGAGCAACUUGAGAGUCCCGGGGAACUCAACAAUGUCAAAAUAUUUUUUUUUUACAAUCCUAAUAAUGAACAUACUUAGUCACUAUAUAUGUUUUAGUCACAUGAUUGUCAUUGGGACUUUUUAUCUCCAACAGAACCAGUAGAACUGAGUUUAAGACCCGAGAGUGUUGUUAUCAGACCCACAAUGUUACACAACAUUUAUUUUCUAACGUAGCAACUUCAAAGUUGUGCUGGUGUAUUAGGAACAGGUAUUUAAGGAUUGUUCAGCAGGAAUGAGUAUCGGGUCCAAAUUGGUGUUCCAACAUCUUUCUGGGAUGUUACAGAACUGUCCCAAAGUACUACUACUAAUAAAGAAUACUUAAUUUUACACAUGAGCUUUGCUGCCAUUAUUCAGUCUCUUCUCAAUAUGUUUCAAUUUAAACCUGUUUGAAGUGUUUGUCGCCUUCAGAUUUAAGUCGACAAAUGUGUUAGACUUGAAAACAUGCAUUGUACUCUUAAAACACCGUGAAAUAUUCUAGUAAUGGUUUUGUUUUUAAACCUGACCCUGUUUAGGUUUGUAUUUCAUGACGACAUUUCUCUAAGGCCCCUUAAACAGAAGAAGGAAGUCUGCACGUUACAAAGAGAGACCUUACAAGUAGCUAUGACCAUUUAGGUGUUUUAUAUCGCUAAUCAUUGAUAUUUUUAUGACUUGUCAAAAUGAAGGAGAAAAAUGUUUAUUACCGUAUAUUCCGGACUAUAAGGCACACUUAAAAUUCUUUUUUUCCCCUCAAAACUCAACAGUGCGCCUUAUAACCCGGUGCGCCUAAUGUACGGAAUAAUUCUGGUUUUGCUUACUGACCUUAAAGCAAUUUUAUUUGGUACAUGGUGUAAUGGUAAGUGUGACCAGUAGAUGGCAGUCAAACAUAAGAGAUACUUGUAGACUGAAAUAUGGUAUGACUCAAGUAAACAACACCAACAUUUUAAAUGUUCCGUUGAAAACAUUACACACGGCGCUCAAAAAUCUAUCAAAAUGUUUUAGUACGACUUUGGUGAGCUAUGAAGCCGCACCGCUUGAUGGAUUGUACUGUGCUUCAACAUACGAGUAUUAUUAUGCUGUGUGUAUAAGGUAAGACAUAUUGUCUGGUGUUUUGUUUCGCAAUAUUAUGCAAAAGAAACUUUUCUUACCUUCUGGUACCUGCUGAUCUGUAUUUGGGAUAUGCAUGAAUCCUGAAAAAUUGUGUGAAUCCGCCUUUGUAGUCCAUGCCGACACCGUAGUCGAUAAGCUUCUUCUUGUUAUGGGAUAUUCAUUCUAUGCCGUUGCCAUUUCUAAUAUAAAGUACUGUAAAGUUCUUACUUAUAUCUGUCAGUAAACUCACCAUGAAAUCGCUAAAAUAAACGGGUGUGGUGAGUUUACAUUAUUCACCCAAGGAACUUUAGUUAUUAGAGAGUUCCGGUCGGACGUUUUUUCACGGGACACAUUUCCGGUGUUGUUGUUUCCCGAUGAGGAGAUGCUGCUCCGUAAUUGAUUUAAGUAAAGUCUGAAUGUCAUUAAAACAGUUAGCGCCAUCUUUUGACACUUCUUCCACUCCCGUCCUUACACACUACACCACUACAACAAAGAUGACGGGAGAAGACUCUGCCGAAGAUGAGCCAAGUAAAUAAGACCGCCCACAAAACGGCGCAUCCUGAAGCGACUGUCAGAAAGCGGCUUGAAGAUGAUCUGUAAAACAUACUAUAUGCAACAUUUUGAUCAAAGAACCACCAUUACAUGUUAUGUAGACCACAAGGAAGUGUUUUAUAAUAAUAAUAUUCCUCCUUAAAUGCGCCCUAUACUCCGGUGCGCCUUAUACAUAAUAUGAAAAAAUAUUUAAAAUAGACCAUUCAUCAGCGAUGCGCCUUAUAAUCCGGUGUGCCCUAUGGUCUGGAAAAUACGGUAAUGAUUAUAAUCCCUAUGAUUAUAAUCCCCUCAAAUAUCAAGAGAGAAAGAAAAGUAAUGGUCAACCAGAAGUGUUAAUGGAAUAUUCUCCCUCUUUUGAGGAAAAUAGAUCAAGUUACUAGUUUUGGUCUUGGUUCUGCUAGAAGAAGAUCAAAACAAUGUUUCUUAUCUAAGUGCACACACGCAUUAUUCUCAUCAGUUGUAAUGGUGUCAGGCAGUACCAGGUGUAGUGGACAAGAAUUUAUGUGCGCUCAACACUUACUUCACGCAGAGUUAACUUUCAGUUUCAGUCUUUGCUCAGGCGGGCCAGGAACGUGGACAAAAAUAUGUGAGGAGGGCGACCUUUUUACAGACGGCUCCGGACUUUAGACAGCUGGUUCUCCUCACCAGUGCGGGUAUCGCUACGGUUUGUGCGAGCUUACUCUUUUGUAGAAUAAGAUUAUAAUUGUAAUAAUAAACAUAGAAUAGAAUUAAACAAUAAAAUAGAAUCAAUUGUCAAACUUCAAUUCUCGUGAUCUUUUUUUAGACAGCCUUAGAACAAAAGAAUCUGGGAGGACUGCAAAAGGGAGGGUCCCAAUACAAGCAUUGGAACACACUCAAUGUAAACAAAAUCUAAAAUACCCAGUGAUGGGCAAGCUACUUGGUUAAUGUAGUAAGCUAAGCUACAAGUUACUCUCCAUUAAAUGUAGCUAAACUACAAGUUAACCUGCAUUAAAUGUAGCUAAGCUACAAUUUACACUCCAUUAAUGUAGCUAAGGUACAAAUUACUUUCCAUUAAAUGUAGCCAAGCUACAAAUUACUCUCCAUUAAAUAUAGCUAAACUACAAGUUACUCUCCAUUAAAUGUAGCUUAGCAACAAGUUACUCUCCAUUAAAUGUAGCUAAGCUACAAGUUACCCUCCAUUAAAUGUAGCUAAGCUACAAGUUACCCUCCAUUAAAUGUAGCUAAAAUACAAGUUACUCUCCAUUACCCAUCUAUCCAUCCAUCUAUCUUCUUCCGCUUACCCGAGGUCGGGUCGCAGGGGCAGCAGCCUAACCAGGGAAGCCCAGACUUCCCUCUCCCCAGCCACUUUGUCCGGCUCCUCUCGGGGGAUCUCGAGGCGUUCUCAGGCCAGCCGGGAGACAGUCUUCCCAAAGUGUCCUGGGUCUUCCUCGUGGCUUCCUACCGGUCGGACGUGCCCUCAGGUGGCAUCCUGACCAGAUGCCUGAACCACCUCAUCUGGCUCCUCUCGAUGUGGAGGAGCAGUGGCUUUACUUUGAGCUCCUCCCGAAUGGCAGAGCUUCUCACCCUAUCUCUAAGGGAGAGUCCCGCCACCCGGCAGAGGAAACUCAUUUCGGCCGCUUGUACCCGUGAUCUUGUCCUUUCGGUCAUAACCCAAAGCUCAUGACCAUAGGUGAGGAUGGGACCUGCUUGGCACUCUGCAUCAAGAGUUGGAAUUGGGGGUUAAAUCACCAGAAAUGAUUCCCGGGCGCAGCACCGCUGCUGCCCACUGCUGCCCACUGCUCCCCUCACCACCCAGGGGGUGAGCAAGGGGAUGGGUCGAAUGCAGAGGACAAAUUUCACCACACCUAGUGUGUGUGUGACAAUCAUUGGUACUUUAACUUUAACGUAGAUCAACCGAUAAAUUAAGAGAUUUCCCUACCGGCUCAGCUCCUUCUUCACCACAGCGGAUCGAUACAGUGUCCGCAUUACUGAAGAUGUUGCACCGAUCCGCCUGUCGAUCUCACGAUUCACUCUUCCCUCACUUGUGAACAAGACUCCGAGGUACUUGAACUCCACCACUUGGGGCAGGGUCUCCUCCCCAACCUGGAGAUGGCACUCCAGUCUUUUCCGGACGAGAAUCAUGGACUCAGACUUGGAGGUGCUGAUUCUCAUCCCAGUCGCUUCUCACUCAGCUGCGAACCGAUCCAGUGAGAGCUGAAGAUCCUGGCCAGAUGAAGCCAUUAGGACCACAUCAUCUGCAAAAAGCAGAGACCUAAUCCUGCAGCCACCAAACCGGAUCCCCUCAACGCACUGACUGCGCCUAGAAAUUAUGUCCAUAAAAGUUAUGAACAGAAUCGUUGACAAAGGGCAGCCUUGACGGAGUCCAACCCUCACUGGAAACGUGUCCGACUUACUGCCGGCAAUGCGGACCAAGCUCUGACACUGAUCGUACAUACAGGGAGCGGACCGCCACAAUCAGACCGUCCGAUACCCCAUACUCUCUGAGCACUCCCCACAGGACUUCCCGAGGGACAUGGUCUAAUGCCUUCUCCAAGUCCACAAAGCACAUGUAGACUGGUUGGGCUAACUCCCAUGUACCCUCAAGGACCCUGUCGAGAGUAUAGAGCUGGUCCACAGUUCAACGACCAGGACUAAAACCACACUGUACGUCCUGAAUCCGAGGUUCGACUAUCCAGCUUAGCCUCCUCUCCAGUACACCUGAAUAGACCUUACCGGGAAGGCUGAGGAGUGUGAUCCCACGAUAUUUUGAACACACCCUCCGGUUUCCCUUCUUAAAAAGAGGAACCACCACCCCCGUCUGCCAAUCCAGAGGUACCGCCCCCGAUGUCCACACAAUGUUGCAGAGUCUUGUCAACCAAGACAGCCUCACAGCAUCCAGAGCCUUAAGGAACUCCGGGCGGAUCUCAUCCACCCCCGGGGCCUUGCCACUGAGGAGCUUUUUAACUACCUCAGCAACCUCAGCCCCAGAAAUAGGAGAGCCUACCAGAGAUUCCCCAGGCACUGCUUUCUCAUAGGAAGACGUGUUAGUGGGAUUGAGGAGGUCUUCGAAGUAUUCCCUCCACUGAUCCCUAACAUCCGCAGGCGAGGUCAGCAGAACACCAUCCUCACCAUACACGGUGUUGACAGUGCACUGCUUCCCCUUCCUGAUGCGGCUCUCUAUUAAAUGUAACUAAGCUACAAGUUACCCUUUAUUAAAUGUAGCUAAACUACAAGUUACUCUCCAUUAAAUGUAGCCAAGCUACAAGUUACCCUCCAUUAAAUGUAGCUAAACUACAAGUUACUCUCCAUUAAAUGUAGCUAAGCUACAAGUUACUACAAGUUGUAGUUUUGAUGUAAGUUACUAGCUACAUUGGUCUAAAAGUAGCUAGGCUACAGGAAAAGCUACUUGUUAAAAAAAAGUAGCUGAACUAUGUCGUUUAGCUAAAUAUCGCUUGUUACUGCCAUCACUGAAAAUAACAUUGAACAUUAAACAGUAACUUCUUGAAAUGAAGGUGCACAAAUAAAGAAUAUGUAAGAAAUGUUUAAUAAAGUGUAACAAAAUAGUGCAAAGUGUGAAAAUGUAAACAUGGAGAAACCUGAGAACUAUUUUCUGCAGGUUUAGUGCCAGGAAGUUACAGUUGUGCUCUAAAGGGUGAGCGUGACUAAGGUGGUGUUGUAUUACCGAUCUUGGAGGGGACGAGCACCUUGCAUCAUUUACAGACCACAUUGGUCUGACUACGGUCUGUUUGAAAACAAUCCCCAAAAACUGCCAUACUGUCCAGGUGACUUUUCCUGUUUUAUCCACAAUUUUUUCAUUUUUACUUUCUCUUCUCACUCCAUGCAAAGAAUCAACCGUGAGACGUUGAGAUGACGCAACCAAACUUAAUAGUUGAUACUGUUACCUGAUUGGCUGUUACAAUGAUCAGUGACCACUUCCUGUGUUACCAGAGCGAUGUCUUUGUUCAUGCAACCAGCCUUGCUCUGCAACUUCAGUUUCUUUCGACAGAAAAUAGAUUGAAAUGCGUUUUUAAUUGAUAUCGUUUACGUGUCUACCGCAAUAUAUAUUGAUAUCGUUGUAUUGCCCAGUUCUAUGUAGUACAGUACGAGUACUACAUGUACUUUUCACUGACUUAGAUAAAAAGUCAAAUUGGGUCAUAUUUGAUUGAUACACAAAUACGACGAGUAUAACCUUAUUGUUGUUGUUUUUUUAUUUACUGCAUGAUAUCAUAUUCUUGUUUUUAUUUUCUAAUUCCCUGAAACACUUAAGGAAGAUGAACUCAACUCAUGUAAAAGACACACUUUAUUGUGACAUAUUUUACUUUUGAAAAACAACAAACAUAACUCUCAUCUGGCGCAAUUACAGUUAUUUGUGUUGGUGGCAAAACAAACACACAGUAGUACUUGGGGAUAUUCCUUUUGUUGGUUCUGUGACGCACCUCGAAUAACUUGUCAAACUUGUAUUGCAAAACAGAGCGACCCGCUGAAAUGAAUCUAAAUUAUUUUAAUGGCGCUUGACCCGCCAAAAACAUCACAAAUUUAAACUAACUUACGGUUAAAAAAAUACUGUAUGAAAAACAAUACAAUAGAAUGUAGUACAAACAAGUACAGUAGUUUUAUGAAGUAAUGUAAUGUACAGUAGUGGAUUUCUACGGUCUUUCCUUAUUAUUUUUUUCAUGGAUAAAUGUUUAUCAUUUUAACAUCCUCAGCUGCCGUUAUCGACUCAUUCUGUUUCAGUAUGAUGCAGACCAGCAGUGCUACGCUCCAAAUGCUUCACCAUGUCAGCUCGCUACACGUCAUGUUAUUGAUUAUUUCUUUCUUUAAUUCAAUGAAUACCAUCCACUUCUUCUCAGCACUGUCCUUCACACUCACUCUCAUCACAUCCGUGCGUGGAAAAACCAAGUUAUGUCCAUCGCUAGCUAAAGGCUAAUGCUAGUGAGUAAGAGCAGAUGUUUUUGUCGGAUCUUACAGGGUUCACUGUAUGCCAACUAGUGGUGGGGAGGCUCCUAACACCAAUUUUAUGCUCGUAUAGCAUAAAAUUGGUUAGCUCCCGAGGUACUACUGUGUUAUUCCUGUCAUUUAUGGAAAAUACUGUUUGUCUUCAUUCACUGUGCUAAUUUGAUGCAAUAAAAUGAUUUCAAAAAGUAACAACUAAAGCCUGGAGGACCAUCAUGAGACCGAUUCUAACAUGCAGAUUCACCUUUUAGACAUUCUUUGAAUCAUGGCAGCAGGUUUAUGGUCUACAUCAGUGGUCCCCAGCCCGCGGCCCGGUACCGGUCCGUGGAUCGAUUGGUACCGGACCGCACAAGAAAUAAAAAAUAAUAAUAAUAAAAUAAAAAAAUGUUUUAUUAAAUCAACAUAAAAAACACAAGAUACACUUACAAUUAGUGCACCAACCCAAAAAACCUCCCUCCCCCAUUUAUACUCAUUCACACUCAUUCGCACAAAAGGGUUGUUUCUUUCUGUUAUUAAUAUUUCUUGUUCCUACAUUAUAUAUCAAUAUAGAUCAAUACAGUCUGCAGGGAUACAGUCCGUAAGCACACAUGAUUGUAUUUUUUUAAGACAAAAAAAUAAAUAAAUACCCCCCCGGUCCGUGGGACAGAUUUUCAAGCGUUGACCGGUCCGCAGUUACAAAAAGGUUGGGGACCACUGGUCUACAUGACUGUAUAUCUAAAGUCCUUGUAUGAGUAAAGGUACUCGGUCUUGGUUCAACCAUCCCUUCUUGCAGGUGUAAGCGAUGCUGAGAAGAGUGGUUUUGUCACCCUGAACACAAUAAAAAAAAAAAGUCUUAAACAUGAUCAUGUGUGUAUUGUGUUUAUUCCACAAAGACUAUUUUAUAAAGUUGUAUAUUUGAGCAACUCCCGAUCCCCUGUUGGCAUUGUGGCGUCCCACAGAGCUCCCCCCUUUGCCCAAUAUUGGAUUGUUUUACAGGAC